CAUGGAAAAUCAUAGAGGAAGAAGAAAGGAAAGGCAGGUGGGACAGAUGGUAAUGGCUCCUUGUGGUCUCAGACCAGCUCCACUUCUCUGUCUUGGACUAAUAUUCACAGCAGGGGUGAGUUCAGGGGGUCAAGUUAUAAAUCUACUUCGAUGAUCUACCGAUUCCUAUCCCUUGACCACUUCAGAGGCCAACUCGUGCCUCCUUCCCCUGUGGGUGCCAAGCCAGGCCCAACUCCUUUAACAGAAACUCCAGAUCUGCAGGCGCUGCUCCAGGUGCUCCAUUGGCCAGCUCCACCUGAGAAUGCUACAGCCUUUGCUUCCUCCACCAGUGCCGAGAAGAGCCACUACCGGCUCUUGCAGUCCCAGAGCAACUACACAGUGGGUAACAUGCUCCUGGUGUCGCUGGAGGCCAGGGACAGACAUGGGCAGCCCAAGCACUAUGGCGGAGACUUCUUGAGGGCCAAAUUGCAUUCCCCCGAGCUGAAGGCGAGUGUGGCAGGGACGGUGAAGGACCACAAGAAUGGCACCUACACACUGACUUUCCCGCUUCUGUGGGCAGGUGCGGUGCAGGUGUCUGUACGUCUCAUCCACUCCAGUGAGACUGUGGCCCUCCUUCGGCACAUCCGUGACUCCCAUCCCUCCACAAUCACCUUCAGGGGGUACUUUGUGGACCCAGGCCAGGGAAGCAAAGAAGAAGUGACCGAAUGCAACGUGCAUCCAGUCUCAGGCCCAACCUGCCAGUACGUGGAUCCUGGCACUGGGGAGCACUGGUUUUGUGCCAAGCCCCAGCAUCACUCCUGCAAUGACCUUGUGUACCACUCUUCUGGGAUCUACAAAAAUGUGCUCACCUCAGCAGAGAAAGUCUUCUUUAGUGGAGCUGCAACAGACCAGAUUAUUCCAGGGAGUGUGCCCAUCAUCCAAGUGCUGCCUAGCCACCAGCUGGCUGUUGCCACCUCCCCACCGCUCCCAUGCCAUCCAGGCCUUGCCCUCACCUUGCCUUCAGGUUUCUACUACAAGGAUGUGUGGGUUUCCUUGGGAUGUUCUAGCCGGACCUUCCCUACUCCUGACUUGGCACUCAGCUGCUUGCGAGGCAAGAUAGUUCACAUGAUUGGAGACUCCACACUACGCCAGUGGUGGGAAUUCCUGCUGGCCUUCAUUCCAUCAGUCAAGCACAUAGACCUUCAUGUGACCCACCAUACUGGCCCACUGCUGGCUGUGGAGCCAGCACAAGGCCUUGUGCUGAGGUGGCGUGCCCACGGCAUUCCGCUGCGCAUGGCAAAGUCCAAGAUGGCUGACAUACACUACUUGGCCAAUGAACUGAAUGCACUUGGUGGGGGCCCCGACAUGGUGGUAGUUUUCACACUGGGGGCCCAUUUCACCACUUUCCCCGUGGAUGUAUACGUGCGGCGGGUGCAUGGCAUUCGGCAGGCUGUGGCUCAGCUCCUGGCCCGCAGCCCCCAAAUCACUGUUGUCAUCAAGUCAGCCAACACAGGAGACAAGUCUGUCUAUCGCAGUGACUGGCUCUCCCUGCAGCUGGACAACAUCCUUCGUGCCAUGUUUGCAGGCAUGAGAGUGGCCAUUGUUGAUGCCUGGGCCAUGACCUCCUGCCACUACCUGCCUGAUAACCUCCAUCCUGGCAAGGUCAUUGUGCAGAAUGAGGUCAACACCUUCCUCUCCUAUGUCUGUCCAGGGAAGUGACUCAGAAUGGAGCAGACUUGGUACAGCAGAAACAGGACACAUGGAAAAUUCCACAAUGAUGAGGGAUCUCCAGAGAGCACCUUGACAUGUGCAAGGGGAAGGUUGCUGACUAGAGCAACUUGUAGAGGCUAUCCCAGGUUCUUAUUUGUUAUAUAUUUAUUAGUAAUUUCAGAUAUUUGGUUUUAAUGAUUAGAUUUUAGCUUUACCUAUUUUAUUGUAAUCAAAGUUUUAUCAUGUUAUGUUUUGAUUGUAGCAUCAAUCGAUUUUUUGUUUUCUGCUGUAUGUAUUCGGCAUCGUUUUAUUCUGUUUGUUUUGUUGGGUUGUAUGAUAUUAUCAGAGGACCACCAGGGGUCAGCAGAGAGUACAGAUGAUCGGGACAAGGGCUCUCAGAUGAUGCUGGAGACCCAGAGCCUAGCGUCUGGCACCUUCCUCCAGUAGGUGGGACUGGGGCUCAGGAGGAGGUGCAGACCCUUGGGGAUGCUGAGAGGGCUAGAUUUCCAGACAGAAGGCUGCAGGGGGCGGACCAAGACACUCUCGAGGGGGAGGCUCUAGAAGAUACAGCACCGGUCCCUCAGCGGAGCAGCAGCACCCUCAACCCAACAGAGAAGUGGGGGAAGGUGGAGGGAGCAAUGGAGGAGAUUUAGGGUGCCCAGGGGGCUAUGUUGGCGGACAUCACGACGGGAGGUGCUUCCGGAUUCUGAAUCGGAAUAGUACAGUCAUGCUUUUUGAUGCUCUGUCUUGUACAUAUAUAUAUAAUAAAACCCUGUAAAAACCAGGCACGGGGUUUGGAGCUGCUUACUCGUGAGGAAGUAACCAGCACAAUUACAGCUAUGGCUAAAUGCUAAUGCAAUAAAGAAUUGAUUGAUUGAACUUCUCAGCAACCAGGUCGCAGUGGGUGUUAGAUGGGGACAUGCAAGGUGUUGUGCUGCUGAAGAACUCCGGAAGAACAAGGAAAUCACACACAGCACAAUCCCUUCUAUGUGUACUCAGAAGCAAGUCUCAUCAAGUUCCAUUGGACUUUCCCCCAGGUUAGCGGGCUAUAGGAUUGCAUCCUGAAACAGCUCCAGAUUUGUUCUUUCACCCUCUAAUAAACACUGUGUUUGAACGUAAAAGGAAAGCCCUGGUGGCUUCUCAGCUGACUUUGCUAGCCUUGAAUGGGGAAGGGAGGUUGGCCAGGAAGGUGAUCAAUGCCUCUUAUGAGAGGGGGUGGUCCCUGCCUGUUUAAAGGAGGCAGUGGUACAGAAAACCUAACAAACUACCGCCCAGUUGCCAAUCUCCUUUUCUUGGGCAAGGUUCUGGAGCGAGUGGUCGCAGGCCAGAUCAAGGUGUUCUUCGAAGAAGCUGAUUUUCUGGAGCCAUUUCAAUCGGGGUUUAGGCCUGGUUUGGGUACAGAAACUGCCCUGGUCACCCUGUACAAUGACCUCUGUUGAGAGAAAGACAAGGGAAAUGUGUUCCUGUUAAUUCUUCUCGACCUCUCAGCAGCUUUCGAUAACAUUGACCAUGCUAUCCUUCUGGAAGGACUCUCCGAACUAGGAGUGGGUGACACACCGCUUUGUGGGGGUUUCAGUCCUACUUGGAUGGUUGCUCCCAGGGGGUGUUACUUGGGGAGUGAUUUUCAGUCCCGUGGAACCUCCAAUGUGUUCUGCAGGGCUCAAUUCUAUCCCCCAUGUUGUUUAACAUCUACAUGAAACCACUGGGUGGGGUUAUCCGGAGGUUUGGAGUACAUUGUCAGCAGUAUGCUGACAGGGCCGUCUUAAGCAUAUCCGGCGCCGUGGUGCAAAUAUCUCUCAGCACCCCCCUGCCUCCCCGUUUCCCAUAAUUGUCAACCUUUUUAAGGGGGGCUUACUUCAAAAUACACAGGAUUACAGCUGUGUUGUCAAAUUCUAUGCAAAAACAACAAAAUGUCCUGUUAGCACCAUAAAAGUUAGUAUUUGAUUUUUUAAAAUAAAUUUCUAUACCACACUUCUAUACCAAUUGCCACAAGGUUUUUUCUCUGCAUGCAGGAUAGCAAACAUCAAAAAUGACAUACAUUCGGAACAUAAUAUGCAUAAAAUGGAAAAGAUAAAAAGAGCUGAAUUGGUACAAGUACCAUCAAAUUGUUAUUAAUUGUUUUAAGUCACUGAUAUCCUAAUUUGAAAGCUGGCUGGAAGAGGCGCUUUUCCACCUGUUUCUCCGAAGGAAAGCAAUGGUGUGGCUAGGCGCAUCUCUGGGAGAGAAAGCUUUCCGCAGAUGUGGAGCCACCACUGAAAAGACCCUUUCAUGGGUCCCAGUGGUUUGCAUCUCAACCUGCACAGGGACCACCAUUCAGGCCUCAUUCACUGACCUUAAGGUACAUGCAAGUUGAUAGGUGUGAAAGCAUGUUCUUAGAUCAGGGAUGGGGAAAUCUUUGGCCCUUGCAUCAUCCCUGACCAUCGCCUAUGCUUGCUGAGGCUGAUGGGAGUUGUUCAGCAACAUCUUGAGGUCCAAAGUUUCCCACCCCACCUUAGAUAUUGGGGACCCAACAACCCCCUACCCUCUCCGGGGGUUACGGAGAGGGGCCGCUGGCCCGCGAUGCCCCCAGACCCACUCCGACUGUUUAUGGAGUGGGGGGAGCUUGGGCUGAAAAGCACUUACGAGGGCCAGGACUCCCGGACGCUAAUCUGCAUGGCGGGGAUUUCCAUGGUUAAAGAAGAUAAUUAGGCUUAAAUCUAUGGACAUACUUCAGAAGGAGGGGAAGAAGCGCUGUUUACUGCUGAGAAAUCUAUGCUGCUGAGGGAGAGGAGUUAAAGGCUGUAUAUCAUCUGGAAGAAGGAUUGAUGGGGACGGAGCGAUAAGGGAAUGGAGUUUUAUUUUUCUUCAUAUGAGUUACUUCGUACCUUCCCAGACGCGAUGUCCUGGAUUGUUUGGAGUGAAAGAGAAGCAAAAGACUGUGUGAGUUGAACUUUAUAAACUGUUGUUACUGAGCAUAUUUUUUAAAGAUGUGGAGUUGCCGAUGAGAAAAGCCCCCCCCCCCCUAGUCGGACGGAAGGAGUCUUGGAUUUAUGAGCUGUGACGCACUUUGAAUUGGAGCAGCGACCUGAAGCUAAGUUCAGCUAUAGGGCAAGGAGAUCCAUUAAUUUACCAAGAGUUUAUGGUUUGAUGUUUGGGUCUUCUGCCUGGAAAAGCUGUAAAUUUUAUAAAGAUCGUUAAUCUUCAUGGCUAUGAAAGAAAACGAAAGUAAUUUGAGCUUUUUAAGAUGGCGCUGCUUCGACGCAACAGGGAGCUCCAGACUAGAAGAUUUAUGGGGAGGCUGGACUGAUUAACCCACACAGGAGAAAGAACAUUUGUGAAACCUCGUUUGAUAUUUAUCUCAGCAGCUGGGAAACAAUCGGUUGAAAGUGGAAAACAUCUAUGUGACUGUAAGGGGAAGAUCUGGAUUAUUAUGAACUUGGAGGACGAUUUGAACUUUAGAAAAAAGACGGCAGUGGACGGUUGCGAGGAAUCCCCAAUUUCUUGAAGCAUGGGAACCCAAAUAAAAAAUUCUUUAGACGAUUUGGCAUAACAUUCGGUUUGAUUGAUAUAUAUAUGUGUAUAAUUUGAAAUAAUGAAUGUGAUAUAAUUGGUUUUAAUUGGAAAAUUAAUAAAAUAUAUUUUUUUUUAAAAAAAGAUAUUGGGGACCCAAUAUGAGUUGUGACUGUGGCUUUCAUGAACAAUUUCAUCAGUUGCAUGGCAAGCUGUUAUGAGAUGAGAGGCAGAUAUAAGAAAAAACAAAAUAAGGGGUGCUAUUACAAACUCAGGCUGGAAAGCCUAGCAAUGCAAGAUGUAAGUGUAACUUUGCAGGGCACAACUUCAAUUCAAUCCACAUUUUUAGAAGAGUUAUCUGAGUGGGCUCUGCAUUCCUGCAUUGCAGAGGGUUGGACUAGAUGUCUUCAGGUUCCCUUCCAACUCUAUGAUUCUGUAGUCGUGCCAUCUAUGAUUCUGUGUCAUUGACUGAACCUGGGGCUUUCUGUGUACAAAGCAUGUGUUCUACCACUGAGUUGUGAAUCUCCUCCCUUUUAUUUUAAAAAUCCUUUUGCAUUAAUACUGUCACAGCUGUUUAAAGCAGCCUUUGUCAACCUGGUCCUCUCCAAGGGACUUUGAAUCAGCACCAACCAGCCAGAGAUUUAAUCAAGGCUUUAAUCUAGCUAGGGCUUGCCAUUAAAUUCUGUGAAUUAAUUUUAAAAAAUGAAACAAUUAUUUGGGUAUGUACAAAGUCCCAUUCCUCACACAUAAAUGCAUUUUGAAGCUAGAGGUCUUAGGGCAGCCAAAUUAAAUACUGGAGGGAAUGAGAGAAGCAGCCCGAUGACCCAGCAUGCAGCUUCUAAAAUGAGCUCAUUUUAUAGCACACCUCUAUGUAGUUCUUGGGGAAUACUGAUGGUAUCAUUGAUGCAGUCUCUAGAGGAAACAGACUUUUCCAGACCUCUGGGGAGCAUCUAGUUGAUUCAUAAUACUGACAUGACAUCCACUCUCCACCAUUUUUUUCAUAUGAUAUAGUGGGGGGGGAUGGCUGUGGUCCUGCAGCACUUAAUUUAUUUAACCCCUGGAUACCCAAGGUGUGGGAUGUAAACUGGUGCAGUCAACUCACAACAGUUCCUAGAGUGUCCACAUGGAGGACCACAUGGAGGAAUACCUGACCAGGUCAGUUUCCUGUUCCUCCACACAUGCAAAUGAGAUGGGAAAGGUGGCAGAUAAAUUCACUGGCCAGUAGUCAUUUUCCCUCUCUUGGACCACACACUUCGAGCAAGCAACAUCUUAGUGAGGAGACUCUCUCUAGGCUUCCAGCCAAGAGAGAGAGGAAAUGGAGUCUCACUUCAUAUAAGUAAACUUCACAUGUAUAUACUACUUUUAUCUAAGCUAGUCUACCUCUUGAGUUGUGCUGUAUCUCAAGAAGCUUGUAAGUAAACUCUUUUUAUACUUUUAAAAGAGCACUGUGUCGUAUCUUUUCUUUUAAGAGGGAUAAAGGGGAAAAUCCAGGAAAUAUAUUUUAUUCUAGAAGUUUAAGCAAACCUGUACGACCGGUUUCUGCUGUGCAUUGAAAGGGAAUGUUACUCUGCUAAGUUUGGGGCUUGUUAACACAAGCUGGGAGAGGAUAUAUCUAAUAAUAUUUCCUCAUCCACAUUCCUGAACAUUCCCACACAAGGUGGUAAACAGUUUUUGAAAAUCAGUAUACUACAACAGGCACGUCCAACUCCCAAGAGACAGUGAUCGACUCACAGUAUUAAAAUACUGACUGUGAUCUACCAAUUGUCACUGCCAGGCAAAGUUGUUGACCUUUUUCUA